GUCUGUGAGCGUAAUGUGAAAGGGAAAGCCGGGGCACACCCGCGGGUGGAGGCGGCAGCGCCGAGCGGUGCUGGGAGCCGAGCCAUCGUCGCCGCAGCUCCGCAGAGCAGCGGGGAGAGCCCCCGCAGCGGCCAAGAGGAGCCGCUGAGGCGGAGCCCGGCGAGCUCUCCCGCCGGAGGGAGCCGCCGGCGCCCUUCCUGCGGGAGGCUGCGCUCGCUCCCGGCCGCGGCGGAGCCGCCGCCAGGGCCGCGGCGAUGAUGUCGGGGCAGUCGAUCACCGACCGCAUCACAGCAGCGCAGCACAGUGUGACAGGGUCGGCCGUCGCCAAGGCUGUGUGCAAGGCGACGACUCACGAGGUGAUGGGCCCCAAGAAGAAGCACCUGGACUAUCUAAUACAGUGCACAAAUGAAAUGAAUGUGAAUAUUCCACAGUUGGCAGAUACACUCUUUGAGAGAACUGCAAACAGUAGCUGGGUCGUAGUGUUCAAAGCUCUAAUUACAACACACCACCUCAUGAUGUAUGGAAAUGAGCGCUUUAUCCAGUAUCUUGCAUCCCGGAACACUUUGUUCAACUUAAAUAACUACCUGGACAAAAGUGCCAUGCAGGGCUAUGAUAUGUCUACCUUCAUUAGGCGAUACAGCAGAUACUUGAAUGAAAAAGCACUUUCAUAUAGACUUGUAGCAGUUGACUUCACCAAAAUGAAAAGAGGGAUAGAUGGAGUGAUGAGAACUAUGAAUCCUGAAAAGCUUCUGAAAACCCUUCCAAUCAUACAGAACCAGCUUGAUGCACUCCUUGAUUUUGAUGCAAAUCCAAAUGAACUAACAAAUGGUGUUAUAAAUGCUGCCUUUAUGCUCCUCUUUAAAGAUUCCAUUAGACUUUUUGCAGCAUACAAUGAGGGGAUUAUUAAUCUUUUAGAAAGAUAUUUUGAUAUGAAGAAGAACCAGUGCAAAGAAGGCUUGGAUAUUUACAAAAAAUUUCUAGCCAGAAUGACCAAAUUGUCAGAGUUCCUCAAAGUAGCAGAGCAAGUUGGAAUUGAUCAGGGUGACAUUCCAGAUCUCACUCAGGCACCCAGCAGCUUGCUUGAGGCACUGGAACAGCAUUUGGCUUCUGUGGAGGGAAAGAAAACAAAGGAAGUCUCUGCUGCCAGCAGAGCCAGUGCCCUAUCCAGUGCUGUUUCCACACUUGCCAAUACAGGAAUGUCAUUCAGCCGGAUGGAUGAGAAAGAAAAGCAGCAGGCAUUGGAGGAGGAACAAGUUAGACUGCAGGCACUUAAGGAGCAGCGAUUAAGGGAAAUUUCUGUCGUAUCAAAUUCCACUUCCACAUCAGCAUCCCCAAGCACUUUAUCAGGAAAAAGUGUAAAUACCACUGUAGCUGUUGACCUCUUUGCUGCACCAGCACCCACAACAAAUAGUAUGCCCAACCUUUCUAGUGAUCUUUUUGAUCUUCAGCCUGCAUUUGUUCCAACUGUGCAAAGUACUCCAGCUAUAUCAACAUCAGCAAGCAGUGCUUGGGGAGGUUCUUUCUCGUCUUCAAAUGGUUGUGUUGGUUCUCCACCUCAUCUGGACAUCUUUGACAUGAAGCCAGUUGAAGAAGCUGUAAAAUCUGCCACCCCUUUCAUCAAUUCUUCUUUUUCCUCCAAACAAAGAGUGGAACUGUUUAGUGAUGACUUUAGUGGUCAUAAACCAACAUAUGCAUCUGUGUAUCAUCCUAUGACUGUUGAUGGUUUUCCUCUUCAUUCAGCUUCUCCGAGUACCACGUCUUCAACAAUUAAUGUGGACUUUGAUGCUGUUUUUGGAGGAAAAUCUACAGCACCAGAGUACAGGACUGCAAGUGGUUUUAACUUUCUAGAUGAUGUAUUGCAACCCACAGUACCACCACAAGCUCAAAGAGCCACUGUAGCUAGCCAGCAAAGUAAAAAAAUUUUGGCAAAUGACCUCGAUUCUUCACUUGCUAAUCUAGUAGGAAAUCUUGGCUUUGGAGGAACUCCAUCCAAAAAAUCAGAUAUGCAGUGGUCUCAGCCUACAGAGAAAAAACUUACUGGUGGAACAAACUGGCAAGCAAAAACAAGCACAUCGACCACGUGGAACCCGACUCCCUUACCCACUAUUCCACACAUGGUACCUGCUCCUAUCACAUACCCAUUGACCACACCUCAAGUGCCUAUAUAUGGAAUGGUAUCUCCUCAGGUUGGAGCUGCUCCUUUGAUGGCACCCCAGUCAAUGAUGUAUACACAACCUGGUCUGAGGCCAACAAAUCCUUUUGCACCUGUUUCUGAAACUCAGGAAGAUGUAGAUUCUUUUAUGAAACAGCCUGGAAAUGAGACAGCAGAUGUAGUUCUUAAGAAGUUGGAUGAGCAGUAUCAGAAGUAUAAAUUUCUGGAACUUAAUCUUGCUCAAAAGAAGAGGAGGCUAAAAAGUCAGAUUCCUGAAAUUAAACAGACAUUAGAAAUUUUAAAACACAUGCAGAAGAAAAAGGAUUCUACACAUCCAAUGGAAACCAGAUUUUUAUUGGCAGAUAACCUCUACUGCAAAGCUUCAGUUCCUCCUACAGAUAAAGUUUGUUUGUGGUUGGGGGCCAAUGUGAUGCUUGAAUAUGAUAUUGAUGAAGCUCAGGCUCUUCUAGAGAAGAAUUUGUCAACAGCCACAAAAAACCUCGAUCUUCUAGAGGAAGAUCUGGAUUUUCUCAGAGAUCAGUUCACCACUACAGAAGUCAAUAUGGCUAGAGUUUAUAAUUGGGACGUAAAGAGAAGAAACAAGCAAGACCCUUCCAAAAACAAAGCAUAGUUUUUCCAAUUUUAAAUGUGGUUUCAAUUUCCAAGUAUUUUUUAUUUAAACACCCCCAAACUUCAUUCAGGACUGAGUUACUUUCAGUAAAUGGUAAAAUAUAUAAAAACUAAUGGUGAGCACCAUUUUAUUUAUUUGCAAACUCAAAAUUUGGUUUCAUGCAUGCUUCAUGAAAUUAAUUAUUUGAAAAGGCACCACACAGUCCAGCAAAGGAUGUAGUAUUUUGAUCAGACCAGUCUGUCAUGAAUAAACUUCUACCUGAAAGCCUGUCUGAAAAGCUGAGGGGCAUGUAGGAAAUGGAGCCUGACAUGUUCACAGGCUAAGGCAAUACAGGGUUUUUCUUUUUCAUCUCUAUACAGCUGAUGAAGUUAACUUUGACUUGGGCUGGCAAGAUGUGCAACCAUAAUGCUCUAGGAAACAACAAAAAAUUGAGUGGAAUCUUGGGGUUUGUUUUCAGUCAGUUAAUGGCAGUACCAGUCUGCAGGAAUUCCUGGAUAUGCGUUUUGGAUAAACUUGUAGUACCUCUGGGUUAGCUUACUGCCUGUUACUGAGCUCUCAGCACUUUACAUGCAGCAGUUUGUGAUUUGUCCUCAGAGAGCAGUGGGAAAGGAGUGAGCAGCACAGGGGAUGUCAAGCCUGCAGGUCUCACCCCUUGUUUUUCAUAUGUGCACAUAUGUUGGUUGUUUCCGCAAAUGCAUUGAACCCUUGUUCAAGCCAGGAUCCCACAGCUUGCGAGAUCCUCCCAUUUCCACCCCUUUGGCCUAGAUGUCCGGUUGAAAUGUCUGAACACAGCCUCCCAGGUCUUGAAACCUGUGUUAAAUCUGAAUGGUUGGCUAGAACAUAACCUCUGGUGGUACAGUUGGAGUAUUAUUUUGGUCCUUACAAAGCCUUGCGAGAUUGUUGCCUCUUACCUUUGCAGUUUCUUUCUAAAAUGAAAUGCUCAGUGGUGAUGUCAGUGGCUAAUAAUCGCAUUCUGUGACUGAGAGUACAGGUUUCACUGCAAAAUAAAUGCAGAUGUUAACUGUUCAAUCUUCAUGUAAGAAACAAUAUACCUGUAAAUUUUUUGUACUUUUAUUUCAUGAUAUUAAAAUAGUAAAAUUAAACAGUUG